AUGAAGCACCCUGUCUUUCAGAUGUAUCCAACCAAGGCAGCUGGGCCGGAUGGAAUGCCACUUGUAUUUUUUCAGAAAUAUUGGCACAUUGUAGGCAACGAUAUGUCUCGAGCCAUUAUUAAUUUUUUGUCUUCAGGACGUCUUCUUCACAAGAUCAACUUCACCCAUGUGGUGCUUAUUCCUAAAGUGAAAAACCCAAAGGAUAUGACCCAACUAUGGCCUAUUAGCCUCCGCAACAUUUUGUUUAAAAUUGCCUCCAACGUGCUGGCCAAUCGUCUGAAAAUUAUCCUCCCUUCUCUAAUCUCGUCUAGUCAAAGUGCUUUUGUCUCAAGCCGCCUUAUCUCUGAUAAUUCCAUAUUGGCUGCUGAAAUCAUCCAUUGCCUGCGGAGUCGACGACGGGGUAAGAAAGGCCUUUUGGCACUGAAACUUGAUAUGAGUAAGGCUUACGAUAGAAUUGAAUGGCCUUUCCUGGAACAAAUGAUGACGAAAUUGGGUUUUGCAGAACAAUGGGCGAAACGAGAUGGGCAUUUAGCAAGGGUCUCCAUUUGUAGGGGUGCUCCUCCAAUCAACCACCUCAUGUUUGUCAAUGAUUGCUACCUGUUUGCCCGUGCAAAUGUGGGAGAUUGUGGGACAAUCAAGGAGGCACUCCCUUGGUACGAGAAGGUAUCCGGUCAAAAAGUUAAUUUACAGAAGAGUGCAAUAUGCUUAAGCAAAAAUGUUAAGCGCCAAGACCAACUGGAUCUAGCAGCAUCUCUUGGUGUCUCAUGUGCUUAUCAUUAUGAUAAGUAUCUUGGGCUUCCAAUGGUAGUCGACAGGAACAAGGGUUCCUUAUUUGCACAUCUCAAGGAACGGUUGGGCAAAAAAUUAUAUAGCUGGAAAGGAAAGCUCUUAAGCAGUGCAGGGAAAGAAAUUCUUAUCAAAACUGUGGCACAGGCUCUCCCCUUGUAUUCAAUGAGCGUUUAUUUAUUGCCCAAAUAUUUUUGCGAUGAUCUUAAUAGCUUAAUUACAGAUUUCUGGUGGAACGAAAACAAUGGCGACAGGAAAAUACAUUGGCUUGCUUGGGGCUUUGCCAACCCAAAGAUCUUAGGGGCCUGGGCUUCCGGAUCUAGAUGGCAGGUGGGCAGUGGGGCAGAGAUUGAUAUUUGGAAGGACCCAUGGCUGCCACGCCCUUCUACCUUUCGAGUUAUCUCCCCAAAACCCAACAGCUAUGUUGUUACCAAGGUGAAUGAGCUUAUUCUUGACCACCCUCGACGCUGGAAUAUCAGCCUUCUAUCUAACCUCCUUUACCCUCCCGAUGUGGACGUGAUUCGAACCCUUCUACUGAGCUUUCAUCACAGGGACGACGCUCUUAUUUGGCAUGUUGACAAAAAAGGUUAG